AUGGCGCCAGUGUAUGCUGUGGAGCUCGGCACCAACGGGUCCGCCUCCGGCUCCGGCCUGACGCUGAACCCGGUUGCGCAGCGGGCGCUCAGCCGCGGCGCCUCGACGCUGGGCACGCCCAAGUCGCCUCCACCGGCCUACGGGAGCAUCGUCACCGUGCUGAGCAUCGACGGCGGUGGCGUGCGCGGGAUCAUCCCAGGCACCAUCCUCGGCUUCCUCGAGGAAAAGCUGCAGGAGCUCGACGGGCCAGACGCGAGGCUCGCGGACUACUUCGACGUGAUCGCCGGGACGAGCACCGGCGGGCUGGUGACCGCCAUGCUCACGGCGCCGAACAAGGACGGUCGUCCGCUGUUUGCCGCCAAGGAAAUCAACGACUUCUACCUCGAGCACUGCCCCAAGAUCUUCCCGUCCGGCAGCGGCGGUCCUCUUGGACUGUUCAAGAGCAUGGCCGGGCCCAAGUACGACGGCAAGUACCUGCACUCCAUCGUCCGGGAGCUCCUCGGCGAGACGAGAGUCAGCCAGGCGCUCCAGAACAUCGUCAUCCCCACCUUCGACAUCAAGCUCCUCCAGCCCACUGUCUUCUCCAGAUACGACGCCAUGAGCGAUGUCUCCAAGGACGCUCUGCUCUCGGACGUGUGCAUCAGCACGUCCGCCGCGCCGACGUACCUCCCAGGGCACCAGUUCGAGACCAAAGACAAGGACGGCAAGCCCCGGGCCUUCAACCUCAUCGACGGAGGGGUCGCCGCAAACAAUCCGACGCUGCUGGCGAUGACGCACGUGAGCAAGCAGAUCCUGCUGGGCAACCAGGACUUCUUCCCGAUCAAGCCCGCGGACUACGGCAAGUUCAUGGUGCUGUCCCUGGGCACCGGCUCCGCCAAGGUGGAGGAGAAGUUCGACGCCGUGCAGUGCAGCAAGUGGGGCAUCCUCGGGUGGCUCUACAACAAGGGCGCCACGCCCAUCAUCGACAGCUUCAGCCAGGCCAGCUCCGACCUCGUCGACAUCCACGCCUCCGUGCUCUUCCAGGCCCUGCACUGCAGCAAGAGCUACCUCCGCAUCCAGGACGACGAGCUCACGGGCGAAACGUCGUCUGUCGACGUGUCUACUAGGGAGAACCUGAACCGCCUCGUCGACGUCGGCAAGGCGCUGCUGAAGAAGCCGGUGUGCAAGGUGAACAUUGAGACCGGCAAGAACGAACCAGAUGGACACAGGGGCACCAAUGAGCAAGAGCUGAUCCUUUUCGCCCAGAUGCUGGUAGAUGAGCGACGGGCAAGGCUUCAGAAGAAAGGCAACAGCACACUGUAA